AUGAUGAAGCAGAGUCAGCUUAUCCUUUCACCGACAGAAGGCUUGUUCCUAGCCGUCCUCGUCUUUUUUGCCAGUGUCGAUAGCUUUGGCAACGGUUUCACCAUUAUCCCAUCAUGUUCGCCGUUGUCAUCAAACUCGGUUUCUCGUGGUGUCAACAACCCGAGGCUGCCUACCAGCAGGAUUCCACCAAUAGAUCGUCGUGGUGAACCAAAGACAUCCUUGACCAUGUUGCCAUUAUUUCCAAAAUUUGGAGAAAAGAAGAACGGAAUGGAGGUUGGUAUUCAGACGGCACAGUUAUUGAUGGAUUCGAGACGGCGAGAAAGACUCAAGAAGAACAUGAAGGUUCAGUUUCCCAUGGUAUCGGACGCAGUCAUUGAUUCCUGCAUCGAUAUCACAGCGCACGCAUUUACGCAAGUGGCACCAGAGCAGCUUCAAAUCGCUCUUCGCCCGGGUGGUAUGGACCGAGUGCGUCCCGAUCUGGAGCAGGUGAUUGUCAGCUUUGCCUUGGAACAAUCAGUGGUACAGAAAAUACCCGUAUUGGACGCAGAGUCGAAACGAAAACUGGUGGAAGCGUUGGUCGGUAUGGCGCUGGAUUACGUCUUGAAAGAUGCCGAAGAAGUAUUGACAGCCCCGGAAGUAAGACUAGAAGCGCUCGAGGAACAAAUCAGAGAAGUACAUGCUAUGAUGGGAAGACGACAACUAUUCUUGUAUCGAGUUCGACACAAUGCCAAGGAAAUCGUGACUGGCAUUGUAAUAUCAUUGGCGGCUCUUGUGAUUUAUCAGCAACGGCAGGUACCAAUGGUAGCCAAAGUCUUGGCGGCUCUUGGCACGGCAUUUUCCAAGCUGCACAGGAACCUAUCUGUGUUGGUCCCCUAUGGAAGAACCUUUGUCACGUUCCUAUGGCAACAAAUGCUGGCGUUGGCGAGUUUUCUCCAGAAGAAAGUGAUGUAA